ACAAAGACAGUGCUUUGUAUUUUUAGCUUACUGAUAUUGGAUAGAAUAUUUAAUAUUUAUUCUUCCACACUACCCGUUCCAACUAAACUUUAAGCUCAUUGGCUGCCACACUUAUUGAUAUCCAUGGCAUCAGCUUCUUCCACAAUUAUUCUGCUGCUCUUCCUUUCCGUGCAGCUGCCAGCGAGAAGCUUGUCUUUACAAAACAGGCCACAAUUAGAAAAAGAUAAGGGGCAGUUAGAGGAAUGGAUAUCUUUAAAUGUGAAGCACUACAACAUAAAGAGAGCAGCCAGUUUGAAAUGGAUGCAAGAAUCAGUCAGACACAAGAAACAAGAAGUUCCAGCUGAUAGUAGCAGCCUGGAUCCAAAGCUUAGAAAUGCGGAGAUGAACAAAAUGAUAAUCGGUGUGAGUCAAGAUGGAAGUGGCAAUUUCAAGACCAUUAAAGAAGCUCUUGCUAGCAUUCCGCUCUAUAACGAGCGUCGGGUCAUACUAGAUAUCAAACCUGGAGUAUAUAGGGAAAAGAUUAAUAUCCCAAGAAGUUUGGCAUUUGUGACAUUUCGGGGCGAUAGUAGCAACCCGCCACGGAUCACAGGCAAUACCACAGCUUCGGCCACUGGAACCCACGGCACGCCUUUAAAGACAUUCCAAAGUGCUACUGUUUCUGUGAAUGCUGAUUAUUUUGUGGCUAUGGACGUCAUUUUUGAGAAUACAGCACCCCAUGUGGUUGGAAAGGUGGGAGAACAAGCAGUGGCACUGAGAAUAUCGGGGAACAAGGCAGCAUUUUACAACUGCAGUUUCUACGGAAGUCAAGACACACUAUACGAUCACAAGGGUCUUCACUAUUUCAACAAUUGUUUCAUCCAAGGCUCUGUUGAUUUUAUCUUUGGCUAUGGCAGAUCCCUCUAUGAGAACUGCCAAUUGAACUCGGUGGCAAAGAAAGUGGCGUCCCUAACGGCCCAGAAACGUACAAAUUCGUCAAUAUUAAGUGGAUUCUCCUUCAAGAACAGCGUCAUAACAGGGACCGGUUCGGUCUAUUUAGGCAGAGCCUGGGGUGAUUAUUCCAGAGUGAUUUUUUCUUACACUUACAUGGACAAGAUUGUUCUUCCACUAGGAUGGAAUGACUGGGGCAAAACAAUUCGAGACUCGAGAGUUUACUAUGGGGAGUACAGGUGCAGUGGACCAGGAGCCAACGUGACAGGAAGAGUGUCGUGGGCACGAAUACUCACCGAUGAAGAGGCCAUGCCUUUUAUUGGCACCUAUUAUGUUGAUGGCAAUUCAUGGCUUAUACAUCCCUAUUAGUAUUCAUUAAAUUUGAACAAUUUUAAGUACCUAUUACCUAUAUAUGUUGUGCAUCAAGCAUGAACUUUCUUAUAUAAUACCGUUCCACUUUCCUUUGUUGUUGUGCCAAGGCCCAAGCCAAAAGCAGAACAAUGUACUAUAAGUUACAUUUCUUCGAUUUAACCGAAUAAAGAAUACAUUGUGUGCCUCA